AUGGUAGAUAGCGUAGCCACAGGAACCUCGAGGAGCUAUGAUAGGUGGAUAGGGCCUUGCCCGCCCCUGGGUCUACUCUUCAUCUUUUCACGAAGACUUCCGCCACAAGUGGACACCAUACGACUCCCGGUCCGACGCCAGGCUGGCCCUCCAGGCCCCUCCAAAUCUACGAAGCGGCGCGGCGCCGCGCUAACCCUAACUCGCCGCGCCUGCACCUCUGAAAUGCAGCGUCUCACGAAGACCCGGCAGCCGACAGCCACCAAUGCCCCGCUGGCCUCCUCUUCUACCGCCGCCGGUGCCACUGAGCCUACUCUGUCAACGCUGAAUGUUACCAGCGACGUGACUCAUUCUAAGCCGGCAGCCCUGCCUCAACCGGCUGCCUUCCUGCACUCCGCACACGCCACCGUGCAUAUUCCGGCCAAGUUCAACAGCUCUGACCCGACCGCCGCGUCGCAGUCGGCGUUCGUCGCCUCAAUGUCUCCUACGACCAAGUUCCACGCUGUCAGCGACGCCAAGAGUGUCGGACCACUAAACGUGUCGCAGCCUGCAGCGUUCACCGUCGCCGCCACGGAUGCCGCCGCGUCUAUUCCGGCCACAUUGGCGCCUGUUGUAAAGUGCUGCAAUCAGACAUCAGAAUCGCAGCUGAACGCGCUUGUUGCAGCCGCUCCCACCGGAUCCACCACUUCUGCCGUGCUGGACAGUGCAAACUCUAUGCCCGCCAACGUCAUUCCCAAUGUUUCGAGAUGUGUUUCUGUCGCCCCUACCUCCUUGACCACUGUGUAUCCGGCUGACGACUCGUCGGCGGAGAUGGAUUUCACGUCGUCCCCAGACAACGACCAUAAUACGCCAUCAUUAGAAAGCGGCUGGAGCACCGUCAGUACCAGCCGCAAACCUGCCUCCGCCGCCCGCCCUCGCACCGAGCUCAUCUCAGUUGGGAUACAGCUUCCGCCCGGUACCCUCACUCCCAAGCUGCCUCUUUACGACUUGCUUGCCGCCAUCGUCUCCGCCGCACAUCUCUCCUCCAAAACCAGCGCAGAGAUCACCAUUCAGGCCAAGCCAGCUCAGAGCCUUGUAUUUCUGAAAACACACUCCCCUCUCACCGCCCAACUCCUACUUUCUCUCACGCAUCUUCAGCUCCACGGGUCCUACGCCGCUACAGUCAAAGGGCCCUCGGUGCAAGCAUCCCUUUCUUCCACUACUAUACCCUCGCCAUCUCUGACUGACGAGAACCGCUCCUUCGAUCUCCGGCUCACAAUGCUUGAGCGUCACCAGCGCGAACAACAGCGCAUCUCCCAAGAUUUACAACAGCAAAUCCACGCAUUGACACAAACCCUAAAGACAACAACCUCCUCUCUUACAUCCCAGCUUACCAAGCUAAAUGAGCACCUUGCCACGCUCAUCACCCCGUCCCCUAACGCCCAGGUUGCCCCAUUGGCUGACCUGGAGACUCGGACGGCCCGCACCGUCCCAGGUUACCGCGCCUACCAUGCCACGACGGGCACGCCGCUUGCGUCCAUUUAUGUACGCAGCGACGUCCUCGUCGAGCCACUUGAUAUCCCCUCCAGCCUCCCCUACUCUGGCGAUCCUAACCCAGACCUCGACCGCCCUUUCACUCUCCGGGAGCUCGAAGCUGCCCUGGCUGCUAAUGCUUCUCGCUCGGCUCCCGGUGAGGAUACCAUCACAUACACUACACUCCGCAACCUCCCCGACCACUCCAAGGAAUUCCUCCUUCAGACUUUCAACAAUGCCUGGGACAGCGGCUGCUUGCCGAGCGCUUGGACAUCCUCUCUUAUUUCUAUGAUUCCGAAGCCGGGCAAACCUCCCUCCCUUUCUAACCUUCGCCCUAUCUCCUUGACGUCGUGUGUUGGCAAGACCCUUGAGCGAAUGGCUUUGACUCGCCUCUCUGAUCUUAUUGAAGCGAAAGAGUUCUUCCCCCACUCUCUUAUCGGCUUUCGACGGCGCGUCUGUGCACAGGACAUGUUCCUGAUCCUCCAGCACACCUUUCUCUCACCCAAUCCCAGCCAGAUCCACGCUCUUGUGACUGUUGAUGUCCGCAAGGCCUUCGACGGUGUGUGCCACGACCAUAUCCUGUCUCAGAUCUCCUCCCUGGACUGCGGACACCGCAUGUACUCUUAUCUCCGCUCCUUUCUCUCUAACCGAGUGGCUCGUUUCCGAGUGGACACACAUCUGUCCGAUCCCCACCCGCUCACCCGUGGCACUCCUCAAGGUGCUGUUCUCUCUCCUAUCCUUUUUAAUCUUGCUAUGACCCCUCUCGCCUCCCAACUAGCCCAGAUUCCUGACCUCCACCACAUCUUUUAUGCCGACGACAUCACCCUCUGGUGUUCGUCUGGUUCUCCCGGUCACGUACAGGACACCCUGCAACGUGGCCUCGAUCUCAUCAACUCCUUUCUCCCCACUGCUGGCUUGUCACCUGCUCCGGAGAAAUCCGAGCUUCUCCUUCUUAACUACUCCUCAUACCAGCGCUCCCACAACGCCCUAAUCUCCCUACAUCUUUCCGGCUCUCCCAUUCCUGUUGUCCCCCAAUGCAAAGUUCUUGGCUUCCCGUUACAUGCAGCCAAGAAUGUGCAAGCCCUACACCACGCGGUCAGGACUUGUCACUCGGUAACUCACCUCCUGCGGCGCGUGGUCACUCGGCGCUCGGGCCUCCACGAGGCUCAUGCGUGCCGAGUUGCCCAUGCGCUCGCCCUCAACAAGUUCCUGUACUUUGUGCCUUACGUUUCCUUCACCCACACUCAGCUUAACACCCUCGAGACCGCCCUUGUUGGCCUCUACAAGGCAGCUCUCAACCUCCCUAUCACCACCUCCACUGCUAAGCUCUUUGCCACAGGCCUCUUCCAUCCUCUUCGUUCUCUUCUCUCUCUCCACCGUGACUCCCAGCUUGCCCGGCUUUCUCUUACCCGUCAGGUCGAGCUCGGACCACCCGUGACCAAGGUUGGCGGAAAAACGGGCCGAGACAGAUAG